AUGGCACUGGAAGCGCCCCUUCGGUCGUCUAUUGGAAGUCAAAUAUCCGCUUAUUCUCAUCACAACGAGAUGUCUGUUUCGUCUCCAGAAAUCGGGUCAAUGCAGUCGCCUUUCAUCACCAUGUCAUCAACUAGUUCAGACCAUCUCGGUCCCAAUUCUCUCCGACCAAACUCCAUUCAAAGACUGUCGUCGAACAACAUGAAUCUUAUGAGUCCAAGCGAUAUCGUUGGCCCAUCUCCUGUCACCUCAACCGGUACAGAAACAACAGAGAUUGAAGACGAGGAGGCAGAGGAGGUCCGGGCUCGCCCAACCUCGGCCAAUCCUUUACCUCACCCUCAACUCAUGAUGCUGACCACCAACAUACCCGACCAUGUGCGACAGGUUGGUAGUGAAGAGGCUGUCUCGGUUAUACAUGCGCCCGAAAGCUUCCAUAGUUGGGUAUCGAAUGAGCCGACCGUCAAGCCAGAUCAAGCAAGCGAAAAAUCAUCACCCAGGUCCGACUCGAAGUCGUCGCCUAAGUCUGAUUCCAGAUCAUCGCCUAGAACAGAUACAAUCAGCCUUCCAUCCGUGACCGGACAUGCAAUCAAGGUAAAAUAUUCCGAGGAACAGUCUAGAUCUCCUGGACUACCUACUCCCCCGCCACUCUCUACAGACGUACGACCUGUCCGUUACAGCGUGGAUAGUGCCACGCCACGUGCACAAGACCUUCAAGACAUGCUCAACGAGUCAUCUCGGCUUAGAUCUAGCAGUACAAGCAGUCUUGAAAAAAUCGAUGAAGCGAGAGGAGAGGAGACUGAUGCAGAGACGUACGACGAUGACUACGCCACCCCUUCUUUGCUACUUGAGGACUCAGAAAUCAGAGCACUGCGAACUGCCCUCCAGGAAUGCUGGACUCUCUGCAACACACUUGCCAACCUGAGCUCGAUCCAUCGAACAAGGGUCUUCAACAAGUCGGGCACUCCCGACGCCCACGAGAAGGCUUGGAUGGCCUGCUGGAAGCUUUGUCAACGGUUAUAUGAUAACCAAGACGAAGACCUAUACGGCCAUAAUGUACGGGAAAACCUUGACUUGUGCCGAGACUUCUGCCAGUCACUCUUUGAUGUCCGGCAAAAGAAAGAUGAAGUCGCCGACUCUAUUCUUAGAGUUAGUUUCGAGCUGAACAACCAUCUGUACAGCGCUCAAGAUAUUCGGAACCUGCCAGAGCAAUUUCGCGAACGAACGCUGGACUUCUACAUUACACUUUGCCAUCGACUGAUGAAACAGCGUAGCGAACUAGCAGAUGAGACCGACUCCUUGUUGAAGGCAUGUUGGUCGCUUGCAGAAAUGCUCUUCAGUUUGAGGCAGAACAAGCGAGACGGUAGGGCACCUGACGAGGAGCUUUUGGGUUCGGCAGUACAAGCUUGUUGGGAGCUCUGCGAUCUUUUCAGAGAUGGGUGGACUCAAGUCCGCCCAGACCGGAAUACGCCACGACCAAAUCAGACAAGCUUUUUCGGUCAUCAGCAGAAUUUCGAACAGCCAUCAGGUCGUGAGAGCAGAGCUUCUAACCGCUCAUCUUAUUCAAAGCGGGAAAGCCAUAAGACUGUUACGGAGGAACGUCCACGAAAGCCACCUCCAGUCCCUGAGACCCCUGUAACCGAAUUUGAAGACACGCCCAUUUCACCGGAGAGCCAAUCGCCUCGAGUUCCCAACAUUCUCGUUCUCGGCACGACCUCUGACAGUGGGCGUGGCGGCCGAUGGUCAAGCAGCGCCUCCCAGCUGUCCAGUUACUCGCAAAGCAGCAACAAGACUUCCAGCACGGCGACAACAACUACAGCAAGUGAAGAGAGCAACACGAGCCGGAUCAAGGCUCUUGUUCUGAAGGCAGCUAUGAAUGUCGGCUACAGCCGAGACCCCGCUCUUGAUAGCAAAGCCGAGAAGGCUGCUCUGCAAGCCUUUGUUAAGCAGAUGCCCCCGGGAUCUUUCGGCUCUCUUCCGACUCACGCCACGCUCUUACAGAAUUACAAGAGCCUUGUACAAGCCGACGCAUCAUUUCGGGGAUCAUCCCUGCUUCCAGCUCGAGGGAAGCGCAUUGCAGCCAAUGACAUGGCCAAGAGUGUGAAUUACAUGGCAGGUCGUGCCAGCCAAUACGUCUUUUUGCGCGAUCUCUACAGGCUUGUCUUCAGCUUCCCCACCGAAGAAGGAGAGUCGCGAAAGUCCGUUAGCAUUGCUGUCUAA